AAAAUCAACGAUUUCAAAUGUUAGUUUUGUUAAUCGAUUAGAUUUUAGGUUAGAUUUAAUUUCAAAAUGUGAGCACAAUUUCAAAAGGGAAACGUAAUAAAGACUUAAGAAAAUCAUGACUAGCUCACAGCAAAGAGCACGUUAUUGUUAUUUAGCUCUAAGUAUUUGGAUAUUUUUCUUAAUGGCAGCCACAUACAAAUAUUUGGGGUCAAAUGAUACAGCUACAUCGAACAGUAUUAAUAAUAAUUAUAAAUUAUCAAUAAAUAAUCAAAAUUCAAUAAGUCGUGAUUUUUCACGUAAUUCAAAUUUUCGUAAUAAACGGAUAUUUUCGGUAUGUAACGACCCAGAAAAUAUCAACUAUGGAAGUGAAGGUUUAUUAACAUCUUCACAGUGGCAGUUAAAAGAAGUGAUUGUAUUAAUUCGACAUGGAGAUCGAGGACCUUUAGCACAUAUUAGAAAUAUAAGCGCCAUUAAUUGUGGAUUAAAUCCAAAAACUUCUUCAAACAUUUUAUUAACUCAAUAUAAGAAUUUCAUCAACGAAAUUACACAAUCUGGACAUUUACCAUGGAGUCAAACAGGUCCAUUUCAUGGUUUUCCCUUGUUACCAUCAAGUGAUUCACAAUGUCAUUUAGCACAAUUAACGUAUAUCGGUGUUGCACAAUUAUUAAACAUUGGCCGGAUGUUAAGUAAUGUUUAUAUUAAAAAAUUACAAUUAGAAAAUUCGACAACGGCAAAUGUUGAUGACAUAUUAGUCUAUUCAACAAAAUAUCGACGCACAUUCCAAUCUGGUUUAGCAUUCUUGUAUGGAUUUUUACCGCCGGAAUUAUUAACCAAAGUACAAAUUAAGGAGAGUGAUAGUGUAACAUUUUGUUUUACGGAUUGUGCGUGUCCAGCUGCCGAUCAUUAUUCCAGAUUAGUUCAAGAAGAAUCCAAUGAAAAUCUAGAAUCACAUCCAGCCGUAUUAAAUUUAGUACGGGAAGCUGCAAGUAUUAUGUACGAAGUACCUGAAAAAUCCUUAUUUAAAAAUCCAACAAUCCUAAAAGAUUCCCUACUAACAUACAUCUGUCACGAUUCUACGUUACCAUGCAUCAUAGAAAACCAGAACUUCCUGCGAUGUAUCAAAACGGAUCAAGUUGCCAGUUUAUUCACCUACAUCGAUUGGGAAAAUCAACAACAUACCAAAAAUGUUUUCUUAAAACGUUCAUGCUUACUGAAAGCGUACGGUUUAAUCCGUAACAUAGUCACACAAAUGUUAAAACAUGUUUCCGAUUCAAAACCAAAAUUUGUUUUGUAUUCGGGACACGAUUGGGCAUUACAGUAUUUAUGUACAGCGUUAGGAGUGAAACAGAUGAAUGACGUCACCCAGUAUGCGUCACGAUUAAUUUUCGAAAUUUACAAAGAUGUUUCGAAUACACAAACUGAUACAAGUUACGGGGUUGUCAGUUCAUAUAUGUUUCGAUUUUUAGCAAAUGGACGUGAUGUUACCAAAGAUUUAUCAUUUUGUAAAGAUAAUUUAUUAAAGUUAGGUUAUAAUAUUUAUGGGUGUAAAAUUGAGGCGAUUGUACGAUUCUUACAUGAUGAUUACUUUUCAUCGUUAAAUGUAACGAAUUUUAAGGAUGCAUGCCGGUUAUAAAUUUUGAACUUCUUCCCAAAUUUUAAAAUCUGGAUAAAUGACGUCAUUGAGAAAAUGGCGACCCUUCAAUUGAAGUUAAUAUUGAUGGAGUAAGUUUUGAAUUCGCUGGACGUCAUAUUCAGUCACGUGAUAGCAGCGUUUCGAAACAAUAUUUCAUACCGCCAUCUUGUAUAUGUGGUUACGUCAUGUGGUUAUCACAAAAUGGCGCUGGUUGAUUAUUCUGCGUUUUGGGAACGUCAACUGAUCGCUGGAAUUAACAACCAAUAUCAUCAGAGCCAUCAAGGCACCUACGUAAAUUCAUCGAAUAAAACAAAUUGAAUAUAUCUCAUUCACAACUUGUUUGAUUUAAGUUCGAGAACGCUCUUAAUGGAAAACAUUAUACUUUUACCAUAGACUUAAUUUGACGUACGCUCUUAACAUGCAGCUAACGUCAGCAUAAAGAGGCAUCUUAAAAAUUCUGUUAAAACCUUUCUAAACAUAUCAUGACAACUUGACCACCUGGAGGCGAAAUCUAGUUGCUAUUUUAAAUGAAAUUUUACUAUCCAAACCUGUUUCAGUCACGAUCAGUGUUUCCAGAUUUACCGUUAAAACGAUAGAUCUACGGUUUUUUUUAGGUGGCGCAUUUAUAAUAAUGAAGAAUCGCAUGCCAAGCCACUACAUUUCGCAUCUCGACGAAUAUUAUGAAUUAAGAAAAAUACCGAGGCUACUGUAUUUUUUACCAAAUCUACCGUUUUUUGUUCGAAAGGAUCUGGCAACACUGGUCACAAUCAAACAAAUUCGCUUGGAACAAUCACUCAGAGCAGUGUCUCAUUUAUUAUAUGUCGAUAGCGCAUGCGUCCUUACUUACGGCGCUGCUUCGAACAAAUUUCAUUUGAAGAAUUUCAACUUAAAUAUUUUUUGAAAAUAUGUACUACUUUUGUAUAGAAAACAUUCCAUACGUUUAUUUUUGUAAAAAAAAACUUUUUUUUUAUUCGAAUUAAGAUUUUUUAGGCCUAACUCUCUCAUUUGUAUUUUUUAAAUAUUAUUGUUAAUGG